CUUAUACCAAUAAGCUCGUAGCGGAACGGUCCGUUCCGUUAAACCCGCGCGAUCGGCGAUAUAUUCACGUGAAUCGAGGUAAACACACACAUUAUCAUCUGUAGUGGGAGGAACGACAGACGUGCGCGCAAUGAAAAGCUUUAUGUUACUCAUCGCCAUGUUCAUGGCAGUGGUGAUGGUCUGUUCGUCACCCAUCGACCACCCUCAGAGCUACGACAACACUCCUGAGGUGCACCGCCAUCUGCCGGUAAAGGGCGGCAGACCGGCUUACAAAGGGCCUCCCCCACUGAGCAAUCUCCACCUCAACCUCCGCAAGGGGGAGUAUGUAUGCGGGAACAAAGUGUGUCGCCUGCAGCCCGGGGAGAUACCCAAAGGCUGCAACGGAGUGUGCCAGUAUGCUGUAUAAGCUUACGAACUGAUCUUCUGUACUAGUCGCCUGAUAGUAUUUAUUGUUCAAUUGAAAAUAAAUAUUACUGAUUUUUUUAAA